UGACGCCCGUCUGUUGCUUCUUCAGUAUUUCGGUGUGUCCUGAGAUUGGUGGAGGACGGGAUAUGGUACCCAGGGCUGGCGCGCCAUGGGCGGGUGGAUGGCUUGUUUAUAAACCCAGAUCUCUCCUCGUGGGCGGGAACAGCAACAGUAGAGAGUGAAAGCGGAGGGAAAGAGUGAGAGAGACGGUGGAGGAGAAGAGGCUGUGGUGGCAGCUGUGGCUGACCGGGGAUCGCGGAGGGGGCGAGGCGGCCGCCCCUGAAUGCCUCUUCAACCGCGCAUGGACGACCACCUUAGCCUCCUGCAAUCACCCCCGCUGAGCGUUACCAACAACCGGGGCGACAAUCUGGUGAACCACGGAUACACCGAGACAGAGACCGACGUGAUGACGGUGGUGGCGUGUGAUAACAUGCUGGAAGAGUCGGCGGCUCUCACGGGCCACCUCUCUCUGGACCGAUAUGAACCGGAUCAUGAAUGCUGCGAGAGGGUGGUCAUCAACAUCUCGGGGUUACGCUUCGAGACCCAGCUAAAGACUCUCUCUCAGUUUCCAGAGACACUUCUGGGAGACCCCAAGAAGAGGAUGAGGUACUUUGAUCCUCUCAGAAACGAGUACUUUUUUGAUCGAAAUCGACCCAGCUUUGACGCUAUACUUUAUUACUAUCAGUCUGGCGGGCGCAUCAGGAGACCCGUUAAUGUGCCCAUUGACAUUUUCUCUGAGGAGAUCCGCUUCUAUGAGCUGGGUGAGGAGGCUAUGGAGAAGUUCAGGGAGGAUGAGGGCUUCAUAAAGGAGGAGGAGCGACCGUUGCCAGAAAAUGAAUUCCAAAGACAUGUGUGGCUGCUUUUUGAAUACCCAGAGAGCUCGGGUCCCGCGCGGGGCAUAGCGAUAGUGUCUGUCCUGGUUAUUCUCAUCUCCAUUGUCAUCUUCUGCUUAGAGACACUGCCGGAGUUCAGGGACGACCACAGGGAUCCGAUCACUAUUGCACCUGCGAUUAAUGGCACACUUCCGUAUUUCACCAGCCCAUUCUCUGACCCUUUCUUUGUUGUGGAGACGUUGUGUAUUAUUUGGUUCUCAUUCGAGCUGCUGGUGCGCUUCUUUGCGUGCCCUAGUAAAGCCAUUUUCUCAAAAAACAUCAUGAAUAUUAUUGACAUUGUGGCCAUCAUUCCCUAUUUCAUCACUCUGGGCACAGAGCUGGCAGAGAGACAAGGAAACGGACAGCAGGCCAUGUCAUUAACCAUUCUGCGCGUAAUUAGGCUUGUUCGGGUGUUUCGCAUCUUCAAACUCUCGCGUCACUCCAAAGGGCUCCAGAUUUUAGGACAGACUCUGAAGGCCAGUAUGCGUGAGCUGGGCCUGCUCAUCUUCUUCUUGUUCAUCGGUGUCAUCCUCUUCUCAAGUGCUGUCUAUUUUGCUGAAACAGACGACCCAGAUUCAGGGUUCAGCAGCAUUCCAGACGCAUUCUGGUGGGCUGUUGUCACCAUGACUACCGUGGGCUACGGGGACAUGCACCCCGUGACCAUCGGGGGGAAGAUCGUGGGGUCUCUCUGUGCCAUCGCUGGUGUGUUGACCAUUGCUCUGCCCGUGCCUGUCAUUGUCUCCAACUUUAACUACUUUUACCACAGAGAGAGGGAAGGGGAAGAGCAGGCACAGUACCUGCACGUGGGCAGCUGCCAGCCCCUCGCGGACACAGAGGAGCUGAGGAAGUCUCGCUCCUCUUCCUCACUCAGCAAGAGCGAGUAUAUGGUGAUAGAAGAGCACGGGAUCAACAACACGUUCAAACAGCAGCCAAACUUCCUCACCACCACGCAAUACAACUCGGAAAACUGUGUGAAUAUAAACAAAAAGAUUUUCACCGACGUGUAGCCAAUUAUUGAGUCAUAGCUCUGAACGCAGGAAGGGGUAGUGUGUAAACACACAGCUGUUUCUGUCGCUAUGCUACAGCGCUGAGGAAGCAGUGGUAGAUCAGAUGAAUAAACAAAGGAAUAAUGAGGGAGGGGAAGCAAAAUCCUGUCAGUUCAGAGACGCUGCUUUGUGCUCCAUUCACAAAAUCUGUCCUUUUCAUUUCGGUGAUGAGGAUUCACAAAUCAGUUUUACUUUCGCGCUUGGAGAUAAAUAACUCAUUUAAAAUAGUAGGCUAGGUCUAGUAUUCUUCGGUGAGUUAGGGAAUUGACCUGUUGUGCAUUGUGAAAUUGCAUCAUGUGCAUAUAUCAUCACAACAGCCUAUUAGAAGCUUUAUAACUGAAAGAUGAGUAAAAAUGUAUGGUAGGCUACUCGAAGAGCACUCACAUUGUAGCCUAUUGACAUACGUGUUAUGAGUCGUGAUUCGUCAGUCAUAGCCUAUAAUAUUCAGAAUCAUUUAAAUAUGUGUCUGAGUGUUUUAACACAUGUAAUGUCACAGUUUUGCAUAUUAUCUAAAUUAGACCGUUCUGUGAGAUGACUUAGGCCUAAUUGUACGUUAAAGUCUAGUCAAAAUGUUACUGUUAAAAAAAAUCCCUUAUCCUUUCAUAUGAACUGUCACGGUGUGAUAUAAACACAGGGGCCGCCUGCUUUCAGUCACGGUGCAGGACACACUGAGAGUGGAUAAACACAGCACACACGUACACGUCAAAGAUGGAGCGUGCUUCUCUUCGGAUGCCUCAAAUAUAGUGAUGCAGUCGCCAUGGAGACAUUCGUUUCCUCGGUAACCCCAGUCACCGUUGCCAUGGCACCCUUGUUUCCACAGAAACCUUCCAGAUGGCUUGCAAUCUAUAUCAGAGAUUGUUAUCAAAAAAGCUUGUAUUGAGUCUCUAAUAAGACAUUAGCCUACGAUUUGCGUGCGUAAAAUACGAGCCCCAAAAUACCGAGCAUUGACGCACGAAGCAAAUUUGGAGAACAACGUCUGUUCACACAUUUUGCCACUAUUAACUGGGUCCCGAAAUGAACCAGGCACCGCUUGGAGACGUGCUAAACCGGAAGAUGUGGAAGGGGAGGCAGCGCGUGAGGAAUUAUGAAUGAACUGGGAGCACGUUGUGUCUGGCUGUCCUGAGUGCGCUACUGCAGGCGCUCAGCAGAUGCUGCUGUUCUCCCACUGAUAAACAUGGUAAGUUCUGAACACUGUCACUCAGGCCCUGGCCUCUUUAUGAACCCUCCCUUUACAUUUAGUCAUAAAACCAGUUUGUUUUACUGUGUGGGUUUAAUGGGAAUGUCAAUACAUUUAGGUUAGUUCAAUAUAAAGAGUGUUACCUUAAUGACAUUUAAUCCCAGUAAAAGCAUAAUCAAAGCAAGAGGUGGUUGGUUUUUUGUCUAUGCUCUUAUUCAUGCAGCAAACAUUGCAUACAUGUUUAAACCUUUACUGGCCUUAGUGUGUGGGUUUUCCUAUGUUCUGUAAUGGGGCAGAUGCUCCUGCAGUGCGCCCAGGUUGUCUUUAACCUUCAGAUGACUGAAUAAGGGCACCAACAGCAUGCCCACCCAACCUGUCUCAGUGCUGCCCCCUGGUGGCUAUCAUCUCCUUAAAGAACAGGUGGCUCACCUGAUGUCUCUGACAACAUUUGCCAGUGAUGUCAAAAAGAUUCAGAGGUGAAAGUAGCUACAUUUUUCUGCACAGACCUCCUGGAAACCCUGACGACCCCAAUUAUACUGCCUCCCAUUUAGGGGCGCAAUGACUCUGGUCCUCCUGAUGAGCCAGAUUAGCCAAAGCGAAGAGUUGAGACAGAACUCCCACUGGAUCAAUAUUUCUUCCCCUACCCUCUUCCUGACUGGUGUCCUUAAACCCAGACCGGGUGCCUACCAGUUCUCCCCUUCCAGUGGUACACCACUCAAUCCAAAAUGCAAUUGCUAGAAUGACACAAAAAAAACUGACAUAUAAUGUAUUCCACAUACAGUUUUGUAGCUGCAGUAUUCUGACUGCUUUUCUUCUGGAUUUGACACACUGUGAGUGGAUCGAUCACGCCGUCAAAAUGGAUUCAGGCAGCGAGAGAAUUCAGCUGGAUCUGUUUUAUGGACUCUGGCAUUUCUCUAUACUGCUUUCCAUAUAAAAUUCAGAAGGACGGGUUUAGGAAAAAGCCCGCAAUAUGGCAAAGAACAUCUAAUUCCUGGAUUUAACGCAGAUUUCUACCCAUUGAUGUUUUAAGGUAAUGAUAUUCAUUAUGGACAAUAACUGAAAAACAGAUUUAGCUUCAAGUCAAAAGUGGCUAAAACUGAGGCCGACCGUGAUUUGCUGAUAUGAAACUGUGAUACAAAUCAAAGACUGUUAGCCAUAUGCCUUUUGUUAAUCUGUGUGCUCUGUAUUGCAGAUGAUACAAAUUGUAUCUGUAUUUGUAAGUGAUACAAACACCUAUGUAUGUGUGCUGGUUGCAGCUAUUCCCCUAUCCUAUACACAUGGAGAACAAUACAGAAGCAUAUAUAUACAUACAUGCACAUACAUGUAUACACGUACCUAUGAAUGGCUCUGUUUUAUCCCAGAGUGCACUGAUAUUUUGGGAUGGGGCAGAAUAACGCCAGUGGAAGGUUGUGGAUGCCAGUAUUUGUUCUGUGCUAUUCUGUGCCGUCUUAAACAUGACCCAUAUAAAGAGA